GUUCGCAUGGCUUACUUGUUACAUUCCUAAAUGUUCUUAUUUGGUUUUGGACUAAUAUCAUCACGACAACAGGUGAGGAGACAGUUGCAAGGAAGUAGAUUACCCCCACGCCCUUCCUGCCUCCAGCCCCAUCCUCCACCUUCUCAUGGGCUCUCAAGAAAGACCCCGGGAGCUCCAAGAGCCGAGGGCGUCAAAAAACAACCGUCAGAGGGUGGUACCACCAUGAACACUAAGUCCAAGAGCUCAAGUGCAGCUGCCCGGUUGAAGGCCGUGAUGAGGUCCUCUGGGAGUAAAACAUCUGGACUACCUCCUACCAUCCACCUGCCCUGGAACAAAGCCAGGGUCAGACCGGUGGAAGAGAGGGGAGGAGGUAGAGACAGAUUGGAGGGGGAAGAAGGAUUGGGAAAGGGAUGUGAGAGAGAGGAAGCGGGGAAAAGAGAAAACAAAUGGGGAGGAGGCGGUGAAAUGACAGAAAGCGGUAGGGAAAGAGGAGACAGAGGAGAAAUGGUAACAUGGGGAAGAAACAGCAGAGGUGGCGUGACAAACAGUGUGAUGAGAAAUGCUGCUGAAGGAAGAGAAGGCGUCAGGCCAGAGCAUAGGGGAGAGCUCCCUGGCUUGUCGUCCUCUGGCUACUUAGCCAGUCUGGACAGCGGCUUGGUCAUUAACGGGAGUUAUUUCCAGACAUCCAUUGAAGCCAGCAAACCCCCGCCAGUGAAACAAAAGCUAAGCGAGGCCCUCAGUUUUAUCUCCCUCACCAGAAGGCUCCACGGACCCACCAGGGUGGGAGACGAACAGUGGAGCAAUGGAAAAAGCUGGGACAGAGCAGGGGAGAACAGUAGGAAGAUGGAUGGCUCUGUAGGAGAUAUGAGUGUUUCCUCAUCAGUGUCUGAGAGAGCUGUGGGAGAGGGGAGGAGGGGUUGGGAGAGGGAGUUAGGAGAGGAGAAUAGUUCCUCCGAGGGGUGGUGGAAGAAAGAAAAAAGAUUUCAUGACAGUGAUUCAGAAACAGGAAGUGGCAGCAAAGUGUCCCACACAGGUAGCCCCACUGCAUCUGUUACAGACAAGCACGCCAACACUGAAUCUGAUACAGAAACACAAAACAAUGACUCUGACUCAAUAACAGAAAUGGAAGAGGGAACGCCUGACACAGGCAGAGAGUCAGAGAGUGGAAGCCACUAUGAGGAGGGAGAGGGGUCAGAGUCUGAGAGGGAGUCAGGGUUAGAGAGUGAGGACGAAGGGGAAGAGUUGAGCAGAAAAAGCUCGAAGGGUAGUGUUAGUAUCAGUUCGGCAAGUAGCAACAGUAUUAGUAUUAAAAACAGAAGCAGUGGUGCCAACUUAAAGAGAGAAAGCAGGCAGCGAGAGAGGAGCAGCCACUUUACAGUUUGUAGUGCGAGGCCCCAAACGUCUAGACACUCCCGCUCUUCACAUGAAACAACAGAGGAAGAGAAUGAGGAAUCAGGAGAGGAGGAGGAGGAGGCGAAAGGCGCUGGGUCACGAAGGUCUUUGUCGAGCAGGCGAGCCACCAAACACAUCCGAUCAGACAUCAGCUCAGGCGUGAUCGACACCUCGGACGACUUGUCACCCAUCGUCGAGGACACCGAGGAGGAGGAGGAGGAGGAAGAGGAGAGAAGCAGCAGCCAUGGCGAGGACGAAGAAGAGGGGGAUUUGGAAAAUGAGUCGGCCGAUUGAAAUGCAGAUGAGGCACGCGAAAGAUUAAAUUCUUUGCCACUAAGUAAGAUCUCAUGAAAAUGCCUGGUUUGGGUGUGCAGUCAUUACCUGGGUGGAAUUUAUUAGUGUAAUCUCUCUCUCACCCUGUUUGCUGUGUGUUACAUUCGCAGGAGUUUAAAUUGCAUGCAUGUCCUCUGCUGCCCUCUCUGAGUAUCUCCUUUUUCUAACCAGCCUAUCUCCUCUCCUCUCCUUCGUCUGUCUUGCCUUCUUUUGUAACAGCUCUAGCGCACUUGUGGAAGCGGUCGACCGGUUUACGUCCGGUUUACGUCCAAGUUGACUUGUCUCAUUUUCUUUUUGUGAAAGUGCCAAGCUGCGUAUUUCUCUGCUGCUGCAGCUGACAGAUUGUUAAUAAUCACUGACCUCUCUUUGUUGUGCUAAAGGUUCGCUCAAGCUUUUUUUUAUUAUUCAUUCCUUUUCUGUGUCUAUCAUUCUCCCUGUAUCAGUCAGUUCUUCCGGUACCUGUUAUCUGCAGGGAAAAAGAUGUUUUCUUUGUGACGGUGAACGUAUCCUUUCUUCCAUACUAUCGAGGUUAAAUGGAAAAACUGUGGGUUAUAUUGUGCACUUGCAGGUCAGUUAUUUUGAUAACAGCUUCUGUCCUUCAAAAGAGUGUGUGUGCACAGCAGUGUUUGCUCUCACCUAACAAAGAGGAGGUUUUACUUUCCUAGUGUUUUAUAUUAUAAAGAGUUACGUCCAAUAUCGGGUUUAAUAUUCAUAAUAUUAUAAAAGCAUUUCCCUUGCUUUCUUUAGAUGAAAUGCUAAGCAACACAUGAUGAAAAGGCUGCUUUGAAUUGCUAUCAUACAGAAUAAAAUAUCUGGAGCAAACACUGCUGCACUGACCGGCCUUUGCUGUGUAAAAUGUGUGCAGUGUGAGUGAAAGUGCUACUUCUAGUUUUGUACAUGUCUUGAUUACAGGACAAUCUGAAAAUGGUCGCAAAUGACAUAAGAGCUUACAGAACCUUAACGUGAGUUGAAAAUGUUUCUCCUGAACACUGAACACCCAAAUUUAACACCCACAUGUUCUGGUAAGCCUCGUCCACACAAAGACGCGUCACUUAGGAGA